UUGGCUUGCAGAGUUGGCAAUGUCGUUUCUCUUUGGACGAAUUCACCAUUUUUACAGACCCAUCGCUUUCUCUCUCUACAUAUAAAUAUAUUAACAACUUUCUCUCUCUAUACAUACAUACAUACAUGAUACAUCACUUUCUCUCUCAAUCUGAGCAGUAGUUAAGCUGCUCCACUCCUUCAACUACCCUUCCUCCCUCUUACUUUCUCUCUCAUCAUUCCCCUUCAUUUAUUACUUACUUACUCCUAUAAUUACUUUCUCUUACAUUCAAUUGAAGUAUACUUUUAGAGAGGGACGGAGGGAGGCGUGAUAGGGAACGAUGCCGUUAGUGAGAACUACAGUGAGAAAUGUGUACGGAUUGGGAACGCCGGAACUAUACCGAGAAGCUGAUAAAGAGGAUCCGAAGAAGGUGCUUGACGGAGUUGCAGUCGCUGGACUUGUCGGGAUCUUACGUCAGCUCGGCGAUCUCGCUGAAUUUGCAGCGGAAGUGUUUCAUGGCUUACAAGAGCAAGUAAUGGUUACAUCCUCGAGAAGCAAUAAGUUGGUUGCACGUGUGCAAAAAAUUGAAGCUGCACUUCCUCCUCUUGAGAAAUCAGUAUUGGCACAAAGGAGUCAUUUACACUUUGCUUAUACAGCUGGAUCCAAUUGGCAUGCCCGUAUACGUAGUGAACAAAAUCAUUUUAUAUAUAAUGACUUGCCAAGAUUUAUCAUGGAUUCGUACGAAGAAUGUCAUGGUCCGCCACACUUGCAUUUGCUUGAUAAAUUUGACCCUGGUGGACCUGGAUCUUGCUUGAAAAGGUAUUCAGAUCCAACUUUCUUUAAGAGAGCAUCAGUUGGAUCAGGUGAAGAAUAUAUUGACAAAUUCCUAAAAGAAAAGAAGGGUCGAAAGAUUAAGAAGAAACAAUCGCGGAGGAGGAAUGGAGAAGUCUCUCGUAGUGCGUCUAUGCCCAAUUAUGGUUGUAGAAUGCCAUUUUCUUCUAGAAAUCUGGAUAGGCGUCCUUCCUGGGUUCAGAGUUUCUCCACACAUGAUACAACCCUCAAAUCUGACGUAGAUUCGAGACAUGGGUCGGACCUGAUGGAAUGUGUUUCGCAGCCAAGUUUCUCAGUUCAACCUGAAGAUGGAAAAUCUGAGACUGUCUCAUCUCCAAUAAAAAUGCAGCCUAAUCAGUCCUUUGAUUAUUCUUUUCUUGAAGAAAAGAGCGAUCAUGCUUCCAAUGAUAUUGGCCAUGAUUUUUCACAAGAGCUAGCUGACCUUGUUUCGACAUCUGUUGCUUGGAACUUAAAGAUGCAACCUGACACACAAGAGUCUAAAGGAUCCUUUGAUUCGACUUCACAGCUACAAUUUAACAAUAAGCUUGAUCAUGCUUUUCCUGAGGAAAGAGGUGAAGUUGUUUAUGAUGACAUUGGUAAUAUUGUGUUAGAAGAGCAAGCUGGUCAUUGCACAUCUUCUGUUACUUGGAGUGAUAAAACAGUGCGUGAGGAACAAGAGUCUAGAGAAUCCUUCUCUUCUCCAUCCCAGAUUCAUCAUGAUGCUUUACCUGAUUGUGCUUCCCCUGACCGAAAAGGCGGUGAUCAGUGCAGUGAUAUGGGAAAUAGCUUAACAGAGGACCAAAUUGGCCGCAACUUAUUGUCUGUUGCUUUGAGUGGUAAGAUGAGAACUGCAGAAGUAGAGUCUAAAGAAAUCUUCUACUCUCCGUUGCAGAUGAAUCCAAGUGCUUCCAUAGAAGAUGCUUCUCCUGAUGAAAAGCUUUGGGUCAUAUCUGAUGAAGAGGGUAGCAAUUUUCCACAAGAGCAAGUGGGUCCUAGUUCACCUUUCUUGACUAGCAGUGUUAAGAAUGAACAACUGGUCCUUAUUAUUCAGAAGUAUGAUAUUGAUGAGAGUUUGGAGACACGUCAAGAAAAUCUACUCCUAGAUACACAAGUAUUGGAUUUAGCAACUUCUGAAAAUAUUGAACAACAAAGUUCUGAGCCUGAGGCUGAAAUUAUACAAAGGUCAAUUUCUUAUGAAAGCCAGUUUGAUGACAUUGAAAGUGAAACUGACAAUUAUAUGGAUGCACUUAACACCAUUGAGUCAGAGUCUGAAACUGAUUUGGAUUGUCAAAGAAAACGAGAAAUGGAGCUGGAGUUUAGAUUGAAGACUGACUCAUCCUUGAAUGGAACCCUUGGAAAUAGAGCAACACUUUCUGAUCAGAAUUUGUCUCCUCCUACACCUGAAGUCGUAGCUAGAAAUUCCCCUGAGAAUAGUGGUUUUGGUGGUAAUACCAACUUGGCAUCUGCUGAAUCUGAUUCUGCAGCUUUCUCUUCCUCUGCUAAAGUAAAAUAUGAGGAAAUUCCAGAGAAUAUCUCUUCAGGGUUUGGUGAAUUUUUUCCAUCUCCGCAGAUAGCUAGAAUUACUUUAAAACCAGACAGUUCUGUAGAUGUCCCUUCUAGUAAAAAAUCCAAUAUUCUGGAAACAUCACAAGAGGAACCACUUGUCAGCAAUCAUAUCACCUCUAGCCCUAGGAAUCCUGGUUUAUCACUGCCAGUAGUCAACAGGAUCCAGUGUGGUCCUUCCGACUCUGAAAAACCUCCGCCCCAACUUCUGGGCACUCCUAAAGUCCAAUUCUGGACAAAUGGUGGCUUGCUCGGGCUUGAGCCUUCAAAGCCUCCAGAUGGUGUGAUAAAUAGUGUUGGUCAAGUUUAUGAAGCUAGUCAAAAUGAGGUAGUCGUUACUUCAAGGAAAGAUCCUGUUCGCAUCAGUGACAAACAUGCAGGAAAACAAGAUGAUGUACAGAAUACGUCAAGAGAGAAAGGUGAUGGCCAAAAUUCUGUUCAAGCAGUUGCCUUUUCUAUUAGGAACAUAUCUUCAAGAUUUUCUGCCAAAGAUUUAGAUGUCAAACUCGACAAGUCAAGUAAUUUAUACCAGCAAAAUUGCACUGAUAAGCCCCUAAACAGUUCUUUAGAUGGAUCUGGCAUGACAUCUAGCACAGUGGGACCCGUGAGCCCACAAUCCCUAACUAUUGCAGCUGAUCGAGGGAAUGGAAAGAAUUCAUCACGUAUUCUUGAACUAGGUAAUAGAUUGCUUACGAAUGGGUUCCAAGGGAAACUAUCACUUGGUUGGAAUGAUAACACUGAUUCAGUCAGUUCCUUGAACACCGGAAGCAAUGAGCCGAUAAAUGAUUACCAACAUUUUGUGGGUAGAACAAUUAAAGACUUCCCAGGAAGAGGAUCCCCGUUUACAUCACCUUCUUCGUCACCGCCACUUGGACAUAUGAAAAUCUCAUUCCAGCCAAUAGACAGCGUUGAGAUUUCGAAACUGAAACUCAGAUUUCCUGAUAGGAGUAAUAUCAAUGAAAGCAAUAGUGAUAUGUUCUCUUCUUUUCAGCUGGUGCCAGAGCCUUCUAUUCCUCUGCAUGAAGUUGGUUCAGACUCAGAUGACGACACAUUUUCCAGAUCAUCUCCUGAUCUGUCAGAUGAUUAUCUUAGCCAUCAGUCUGAGUCAAACUCUGAACAGUGGGAAUCUGGUAAUUCUCCUAAUUUAGAGAACCAAGAAGUAUCUAAUACUUUGCAUAGGAUAUCGUUAACUGGAUCAACUUCAGCAUCUUUCGAGAACGGCCGAACGGUUCAUCAGGAUUUGCACGCCUGCAGUAGACGUCAUAUUCCUUUCGCAGAAUACUCUCUGGAGGAUUCUCAGUGUGAUAAUUUAUUUGAUCUGCCAGUUCUUGAUACCCAGCAUUCCUCGUUCAAGCAUGGAGUAGGUAAUGCUACAUCUCCAAGAGAUUUUCUAGAGCCAUUGUCUGGUAAGGAGUCUACACCUCCUCCUCCACCGCUCCCUCCAAUGCAGUGGCAGAGUAUGCAAUCACAUUUAGAUGACGAACAAGAUGAUCUACAUCUGUUAUCUGAAAACCGCCAUGUGUUUGAUCUCAAUGAGCCUGGAUCUACCAUUUCUCAUCAACCUAAGCCUCCUCCAUUUAAGCAAAACCAAGUAACUGAAGCUGCAUUUACAUUGCAAAGCAAGCAGCCACAUUCGACAGACACAAAUGGGCAGCAAUUUGUUGAUCAUGCUGAAAAUGGCAGAGGAAUCAAUGAAAAGGAAGACUUCCUGCACCAGAUUAGAGCAAAAUCCUUAAAUCUUAGACGAACUGUUCCAGCAAAACCAACUGGAACUACAGGGCUUCCAGCAAGCGUCAAGGUCACUGCCAUUUUGGAGAAAGCCAGUGCGAUCCGUCAGGCAGUUGGAAGUGAUGAUGGAGAAGAUAACUGGAGUGACACUUGAAGAUGACAUUAGGCUAUCAAACCCAAGCAUGUAUAAUUUUACCUCUGGAGUUGGGUGAGAGUGUGUUAAGAAUAUGUAAAUAAUUAGCUCUUAUCUGUAUGUAUUUUAGGUCCUGUUUUUGUAUCUCGAUUAGCUUUUUAGCUUAGCGUAGCUGGUAGCUUUCAACCUGUUUCUGUAAACAUUGUGCUCUAGGCUCUAGUAUGACCCAGCAACAUUUUCUUGAUUUCAGAGGCAUAAAUUUAUGCAUAAGCCUUUUUUUAUUUA